GGCCCGGAAGUCGGCUUCACGCGGACCCCGGCUGCCUGAAGCCCAGAGCUUAUCCCCAGUGAAGCCAUGGCCCGCUCCCGGCGCACCGGCGCACAUCGCGCGCACUCCCUGGCCCGCCAGCUGAAGGCCAAGCGGCGGCGGCCAGACCUGGACGAGAUUCACCGGGACCUGCGGCCCGACAGCGUAGCCCGCCGGCCCCAGCCCGACGCCGAGCAGGACCCCGACUUGCCCGGGGGAGGCAACCACCGCUGCUUGGCCUGCGCGAGAUACUUCAUUGAUACAGCCAGCCUGAAGAAUCAUUUAAAAUCCAAAGAUCACAAAAAAAGGCUGAAGCAACUGACAGUGGAACCCUACAGUCAGGAAGAAGCAGAGCGGGCAGCGGGCAUGGGCUCUUAUGUGCCCCCCAAGUUGCUGGCAGUGCCCACAGAUGUAUCCACUGACACAGCUGCUAUGGAGGUGGCUAGCUGAUGCUGCUCGCAGGCAGAGGAAACCAUUGCAUGGCGAUGCUAGACUGGACUGGCUGAACUGAACUCUCCCCCAAUUCUCAGAGCAGAGUUCUUGCUCUUUCCCAAUAAAGGAGCUGAGCUGCUCUGACUCCA